GAACUGGUCGCUGUGUUUGUGUCAGUAUCUAUUUAUAGACCAGGGCACUAAACAAGUUGAAUCCACAGAUCCUGACCUCAAGAACGUUGGCUUCAUAUUUUCUUGAUGGCAUCGACAACCACCAAACUCACCUUUCUAUCUCGAGGAGGAUCACUACUACUGCAGACGUCGAAAUCCUCUUCCCAAAAUACAAAACAUGUACAUAGACAAGUUUCCCGCCUCUUGGCUACUCUCAGACGAUCGGCAGUGGCAGAAAAUGCUCAUAAAAGGUCAUUCAGUACCUCCAGUUCGACAAAAACUAUUUUCAAGAGCAGUCUGCAAGAUCUGGAACUACCGAAGAAACCUCUUGGCGAAUAUUUACUUCAAAAGUUUGAUAAUUUCGGCGACAAAACAGCACUGGUCGACUUCGCCAGUGGCAAGACAUAUUCUUACCCUGAGCUUAAAGCAGCAAUUAUUCGUGUGGCUAGUGCUCUCAACAAACUUGGUUACAAGAAAGGGGACACGAUGGCAAUGUAUUCCGUCAACAACACAGAGUACUGCAUCCUUCUCAUAGCGUGUGCAGCUUCUGGGAUUAUACUAACCACAGCCAAUCCGGCGUACACUCCUGCGGAACUUGUUCGCCACUUGAAUCACUCUGGAUCUACUAGUUUGGUUGUAUUCGAAGCUUUAAUGCCCGUUGCUAAGGCAGCUUUGGAUAGUGACCCUAAACUGAAGACAGUCAUCAAGGAAGUGAUAGUCAUCGGCGAAGCAGAAGGUUGUCGUCCAUUUUCUUCGUUAUUAGAGGACGAUGGCAAGUCAUUUCCAGAAAAUCUGAACAUCGAUCCGAUGAAUGAUGUGGUAGUGGUGCCCUACUCCAGCGGAACCACCGGGCUACCAAAGGGAGUACAGCUUACCAAUCAUAACCUUGUGGCUAACCUUCAACAGUUCAGGCCAGUGAUUAAGGUUACCGUGGAAGACACCAGUCUAGGAAUUCUACCUUUCUACCACUGUUACGGUAUGAUCCCAGUCAUGAUGGGCGUGUUCCAGGACGGAGGAAAACUAGUAACUCUCCCGAAAUUCGACCCAGUUAUGUUUCUAAAGGCUAUGUCAGAGCAAAAGGUAACCAUGGCUCAUAUCGUCCCACCAAUCGUCGUAUUUAUGGCCAAACAUCCAGCCGUUUCACAAUUUGACCUCAGUCAUUUAAAGAGAACGGUGGUGGGUGCUGCGCCUUUAGGAGAAGCGAUCACUGAGGAAUUUACGAAAAGAUUAAACGUUCCAGUAACGCAAGGUUACGGUUUGACGGAGACGUCUCCAGUGUUAGCAGUUGAUACCCUUCCUCCUAAUCCAGGAACCACUGGUCGACUUUUACCUAAUACAAUGGCAAAGGUCGUCAAUCCGGAGACGGGGGCUGAGUUGGGUAUUGGUGAAACAGGAGAGUUGGUAUUCAAGGGUCCACAGAUAAUGAAAGGUUAUCUUAACAAUCAGCAGGCCACAGAUGAAAUGAUAAAGGAUGGUUGGCUGUAUUCAGGUGAUGUAGGACACGUGCGAGAAGACGGUUGUUUAGUCAUCACCGACCGACUUAAGGAACUCAUAAAGUACAAAGGAUACCAGGUUCCCCCGGCCGAGUUAGAGGAUCUAUUGCUCAAACAUCCGAGUAUUCAGGACGCGGCUGUUAUAGGUGUCCCGGAUGAGAAUGCAGGGGAGCUACCCAGAGCUUACGUAGUGCCUAAGCCUGACCAAACACUGAGUGAAGAGGACGUAUGCAAGUUUGUUGAAGACAAUGUAUCAGCGUACAAAAGACUACGAGGUGGAGUAGAGUUGAUGAAGGAAAUUCCAAAGUCGCCAUCAGGCAAAAUCCUGCGACGAAUUCUCAGGGACGAAUUCAGCGCGAAAGUAUGAUGACGUGUCAUAGAUUGAUAACAUACAUAUUCAUAAGAACAUUUAGUAUAUGUCAUUUUAGUUGUAGCGCCUUACAUUAAUGAUAUUUGUUUUUUUAUUUAUGAGAAAUUGACAUCGAAAAAUGAAAUUAUCAAUAGUCCUGAUAUUUCAUGAAAUUCUUUUCACAGAAUAGGAAAUGUUUUAAUACACUGAUAAGCUAGGCUCCAAAAUUGUGAAUACUUCCGUUUUAACAAUAAACUUAACCAAGAAAUAACAUAUUGAAAUUUGCAAGAGUGUUGCAAGGGAAAGUAACAUUAGACAUAUUAACCCUUUAGUAUUACAUUUUAUUUGAUAGAAUAUGGUAUAGUAUGACACAUUAUGAUAUGCGGAUUACAUUUAUUCUAUGGUUAUCACAUGCUAAUUUUUGUUUUAAUUUGUUUAAAAUGGGAUUACUUCAAUAGCACACCAAUAGAAAAAGUACCAUUAGCUGUACAUUAAGGAAGAACUAAAUGAAUGUUAUUUUCUCAUAAUCUCUACAGCAAGGGGGAUAAGUUAUUUUGCUAUGAUAUAACAAAAAUAUAUAAGCAGUGCCUUUUUAUACGUCCCUCAUUAUAAUGCUGAUGGAGUGAUACAUGUUACAUCUGUGACAUUGAUAAUUGUUUUGCAAUCGAUUUAAUUUUGUAUUUACUAAUAGCCGUUUAAACGAUGUUUUUUCAAGAUUGCUAUUGUAUACUAAGUGUCUGUCUUCAAAGAAGGUUUAGAUAAUGAAAGUGGCUCUAAAUCUAUGGAAAAAAAUUAUUGUUUCAGAUUCGAAAUGAUAUAUAUCAUUUUUGUUUUUAAGAACUUAUUACAAGUUUCUUGAACCAUUUCAGUAUUUACAAUUUUACUGUAGCAUGCAGACAUUUAACCACCUACGUCUUUGUGAGGAAUAAUGUAACUAUAAUUAAAAUCAUCCUAAGAUGAUAUUGAGAGGGAAAAUGUAAUAUAUACUAUUGUGCAUCUUUAGUACGAAAUAUUGAUCAAAAUAAAUGUUUUACCAAUAACAUUCUCUUAAAUCCAAUGAUACGUAUAUUUUAUUUUGCUAUUACGUGUUUUUGUUUUACUUUUUUGUGUAUAUAAGAAAUUCACACGAGUGUCAUUAUUCAUUAAUGCUCAUGAGUGGUAUAUACACGUGUUUGAGAAAUAUGUAAGAGACAUAACUUAGUUAUGUACAUGUAGACAAAUUAUCCGGAACACUUGGUCUUGGUGGGUCUCCAUGUAAAUUUUAGUUUCCUAGUUUCAUCGAAUCCGAGUUUGUAUGAAAAUGCUGCUGGCGUUUUCUUUCUGUUCUUACUUGUCGUUUAUUUGUGUGUUUUUUUUUAUCUAGCAUUGAAGUAUGUGAAGAUUAACAUAAUCGUUACUUAGUAUUAAUUUUCUAUAACCUCACAAUGUUAAUUUGUGGAUAAUAUCAAUUUUAUAGAUAUUCAUAAAGAUGGCUAGGGGUACACAACAUUGAGGUUUAUAAAUGUGCAUAUAUAGAUAUAUAUGAAAAUCAUAUUUUUAUAUAUUUCAUUAAAGCUAACUGUGUGAAUGAUAUUGCCGAAGUGUGUAAACGGUAUUAAUUUUUAAAACAAAUUUGUAGAAUAAAGACGGUUAAAUAGUC